AUAUUGAUACAUUGUGAAUUGAUUACACUAAAAAAGAUUCUGAACAAGAUACUGAAUGUAAGAUGGAUCAUGCAAGAAAAAAAGAUGGCAAAGAAGAUAGAUUGCACUAGAAAAAAGGCACCAAAAAAGGAACUUGCCGGUCUAAUCGAUAUUUUUGAUGACGAAUAUAGCACUAUAUUCUAUAAGACCAACUCGAUAUGCACUUAUAUAACGGAAUAA